GGGCAUCGUAUAGCCUACGUUCCGAGUGUCUUUUCGCGUCUGCUGAGCAGACCUCAAAUAUGCUGUCCACCUAGGCAACUCGCUAGGAUUUGAGGUACAGCCAUCGGCAACAGUUCAACAUCAACGCACUGGAGUGAUCCUCUAAGGCAGUGCAUGCUGAACUUUCUGCUGCCCAUAGGAAAGUGGGACCAAGAGAACAAAACGGAUAUUCACAAGUCAACCAUCAGUUUCUCUUCGUGUUAUCUCACAAGGACUCAACAGCAGGCGGAUUUCUUUCUUUUUUGGUAAAUGAAGUCCCACCAAGUGUGGGACGGAGAAGCGACGGCGGCCUUGCUGUAGAAGAAACGCUUUAAACUUUUGCGAAUAUAAUUCUCAGUGGCUUCAAGUGACGGACUUUGAUUUUCCCAGCGGCGUGUUUGGAGUCGUGCUGGGUUGGCAGAAAUGGGGACGAGGAUACGUGCCCAUAAACUCACACUUUUUAUCAUCCCUUUGAUAUUUACGUCGCAUCUGUUUAAUGUAGUUCAGAGCUCUAAAGUGUGGGAUGAGGUGCCCUUUCCAGAGGAAUUAGAAGAGGAAAACAAGCGGCCGGGAGGUUAUGUGGAUGAUGAAGAGUACUAUGAUCCUUCAGGAGAUAUCAGUGGAGAAGAGGAUGGAAGCACCCCUGAGCCAAGCACGGUUGAGCCAGGCGUGCCUAUAACAAUUUACUAUCGGGCGCUGGUGAACUUCACAAACUCAUUCCAGUAUGGGCCUGAACUUGAUGACAUCUACUCUCCUGCUUUUGUUGAGAUAUCAUCUGCUGUCGUCGAUACGCUUGAAUCUGACUACAACAGGAUACCAGGACAGCAGACCGUCAAUGUGGUUCUCAUUAAGAAAAUCGGCAAAGAUGUGUUUGUGGAGCUGGAUGUCGGCUCAGAUAAUAACUCUAAUGAAACACAGAUCAGAGAUGUCCUGUUCUCAGUGGUUAAAGAGGGCACCAUUGCCUCCUACGAUACCUCAGUAAUAGGUUUCCAGUUCAGACGGCUUGGAGAAGCUGAUACUCCCCCUCCUGUGGAGCCCAUCGUUGUGCCAGUGAUUCCCGUUCUCAGAGAAUGCUUGUCUACCGAGUUCAGAUGUCAGGAUGGGCCGUGUAUCCCUCGGGAGUAUGUGUGUGACAAACGGCCUGACUGCAAUGACUUAAGUGAUGAAAUGAACUGUGCUAUUGUUCCUGUACGCCCAACUCCACCUAUGCCUCCUAAAACCAGACCCCCACCUGGCCCGGGACCCUGCCAUGCUGACCAGGCCACCUGUCAGAAUGGACAGUGUAUCUCACGGGACUAUAUUUGUGAUGGCGAAACAGACUGCGCUGACGGCAGCGAUGAGUUCAAUUGUGGAACUCCGUCUCCCUGUGAACCCAAUGAGUUCAAGUGUCAGAACGGCCGCUGUGCCCUGAAACUGUGGCGUUGUGAUGGGGAUAAUGACUGUCAGGACAACUCGGAUGAGAUGAACUGCCCCACUAAAGGUCCAGAGGACACAUGUGCUCCAGAGCAGUUUGUGUGUUUGUCUGACCGCGCAUGCAUUCCUGCCAGUUACCAGUGUGACGAGGAGCCGGACUGUGCUGACCGCUCUGAUGAAUAUGGUUGUGCACCUCCCACUGUGACCGUCCCACCGGAAGAGUCCAUCACGGCAGCGCGGGGCGACACUGUGACCUUCACUUGUUCUGCAAUUGGUAUACCUGUUCCCAUCAUAACAUGGCGUCUUAAUUGGGGACACAUACCAGCCAAUAGCAGAAUCACAAUGACCAGUGAGAAUGGGCGAGGAACGCUCACCAUCCGUGAUGUGAAGGAAGGUGACCAGGGUGCGUACACCUGCGAGGCCAUCAACGCUAAAGGCCUUGUGUUUGCUAUUCCUGAUGGGGUCCUCAGCUUGUCUCAGAGACCAAACCCAGUUGUGUCAUCCUCUCUGUACGCGUUAGCAGGUAACUGCCGUGAUGGACACUUUAGCGUGGGAGAUCACUGCAUGCCAUGCUUCUGUUUUGGCAUCACAAAGCACUGUCAGAGCACCGGUCGCUACCGCAGCCAAAUCACACUGCGCUUCACAGAGGAAGAGGACUUCAAAGGAGUCAAUGUGUCAUUUCCUAGUCGUCCAGGCACACAACCACCUCUUUCCUUCACUCAGAUGUUGAUCAAUUCAGAGAAUGAGUUCCGGCUAGUGGAUCUGUCUCGCCGUUUCCUCGAUCAAGACUCCUAUUGGACUCUGCCUCGCCAGUUCCUGGGCAACAAGGUUGACUUGUAUGGAGGUUAUCUGAAUUUUAAGGUGAAUUACUCACUGCAGCGAGAUGGAUCGGAACCAAAGGAGAAACCUGAUGUUGUGCUGAGCAGCAACGGGCAGAAAUUUAUUUACCGUAGAGGCAACCCCACUUUACCUAACACAAUCAACCAUAGACAGAUCAAGUUUACAGAGGAAAACUGGCAGCACUCCUCAGGACGAGCUGUAACUCGUGAUGACCUCAUGAUGACCUUGGCCAAUUUGGAGAGCAUCCACAUUCGCACCAUUUAUGACAACCGCAUGGUCAGUGUGGGCCUGAGUGACAUCAGCAUGGAUACCACCACCAAAGAGUUCACCCAGCAGGGGAACCCGGGAGACGUGGAGGAGUGCAGAUGUCCUGCUGGGUAUUCAGGCCUGUCUUGUGAGUCCUGCUCCCCUGGUUUCGAGCGGGUACCUGGACCCUACCUGGGUAUCUGUGCUGGCUGCAACUGCAAUGGUCAUGCCAGUGCCUGUGACCCUAUUAGUGGACACUGUCUGAGUUGUCAGCAUAACACCGAAGGACCUCAGUGUGACAAAUGCAAGCCUGGCUACUUUGGUGACCCAAGUCGAGGACGAUAUGAUGACUGCAAACCCUGUCCUUGCCCAUACACAGAGACAUCUCGACGGUUUUCAGAUACUUGCUUCCUGGACCAUGACAACCAGGCAACAUGUGACGCCUGCAGACCUGGUUAUACAGGACGACGUUGUGAGAAAUGUGCUCCAGGAUAUGUCGGCAAACCUCUUCAGCCCAAUGGCCAAUGUAUCCCUGCUCCUAACGUGAUUACCAAGUGUGAUAACAGAGGAACCAUCAAUCCCAUCAGCAAACCAUGCUAUUGCAAGGCCAAUGUGGUUGGUGCUCUUUGUGAUGAGUGUAAGAAUGGCGCUUUUAAUUUGGCGGCUGAUAAUCCUGAAGGUUGCUUGCAGUGUUUCUGUAUGGGAGUGACUAAACAGUGUGCCAGUUCAACCUGGAGUAGAGAUCAGGUUCGAGGUGGUGUCAAUGGCCAGCUCUUCACCCUUUCCAAUGCAGCAAACACUAGGACCAUCUCUGAGGGCAUCAACCAGAGAGUCAGUGCAGAGGUGGUCUACCGAUCCUUCACCAGUAUCCCUAAUGACAUCUACUACUGGGUCCUGCCUCAGAAUUUUAGAGGGGACAAGGUCACAGCAUAUGGUGGAGAACUGCAGUACAGGAUGCGUUAUGAGCCUCAGGCUCGUUCACUAGUGAUUGAUAGACGACCAGAUGUGGUUCUCCAAGGCAAUGGCAUCUUCCUGGAACAUUAUUCACAGACCAAACCACUUCCUAGAGUACCAGCCACCAUCACUGUGCCUUUUAGAGAGUCUGCAUGGAGACGGUCGGACGGACAGCCAUGUACUAGAGAGCACCUGUUGAUGGCUUUGGCCGAUAUCAACAUCUUAAUGAUCAGAGCCACUUAUGCAGACAAUAUGGCUGAGAGCAGUAUCUCCAAUAUACAAAUGGACAUCGCAGUGCCCCACUCUACAGGAAACGAUAGGGCUCUGGAGGUGGAGGAGUGCGCGUGCCCUCAAGGAUACACAGGACCUUCUUGCCAGGACUGUGAUGUCGGCUACACCCGUACACCUGGACUUUAUCUUGGCACCUGUGAGAAGUGUGACUGCCACGGGCAUGCCAGCAGCUGUGACUCAGAGACUGGAGAUUGCUUGAAUUGCCUACAUAACACAGUUGGGCGCCAUUGUGAAAACUGCAUCCGUGGUUUCUAUGGAAAUCCAAAGACUGGAGAUCCACAGGCAUGUAGACCCUGUCCUUGUCUAGGACACUCCAGUAGCCAGCCUUCUUGUUCCUUGGACUCAGAUGGACAGCCCACAUGUGAAUGUCCUGCUGGUUAUACUGGAAGACACUGUGAAAGAUGUGCCCCAGGAUAUACUGGCAAUCCCCAACUUGGACAAAGAUGUAACGGUAAUGAUGAUUGUUAUCGCUGUGACCAAAGUGGUAGCGAAGGAUGUAGUUCAAAUGGAAUCUGUCGCUGCAAGAUGAACGUUGAGGGGUCAACAUGUUCCACUUGCAAGCAAGGGACCUUCUACCUCAGUCCUGCUAACAAAGAUGGCUGCCUGUCCUGCUUCUGCAUGGGUGUCACCCAGCAGUGCUCCAGCUCCAGACAUUAUAGAGAUGUGGUUUCCACCGUUUUCACCCCUAGCAACUACCAAGGUUUUGCUCUUGUAAACCGCCAGCGCACCAACCGCAUUGACACUGGCUUCUCCAUAGAGCUGUCCACAGAUGGAACACAACUCUCCUACACUAACUUUAACUAUCUUGGACAGGAGCCCCACUAUUGGCAGUUACCCAACGCCUAUCAGGGAGACAAGAAGUCUUACUCUGCUCGGACUAGACGAGCACACGAGAGAGACUCAUCAUGGAUAAAGGACCAACUGAGAAAGGACGUCGCUGUAUGGCAGCUAAUGAACGAUAUGGGUAAAGACCUGUUAAGGUCCAAAAGAGUCAUUGAGCACCCUGCUGAUGAAGUACGCAAACUUGAUGAUGAAAUCUGGGCAAUCAUCACUAAUUUCUCCAAUGGGCAGUCUCUCUUCCCUUUCUCUUCAUCCUCUCAAACUUCCCAUUCUUCAUUUGAGGCCCAGAAUUCUCUGUCUCGGUCAAGUGUGCGUGCCCCUUCUUUCCAUUCUGGUUUAACUUCCUCUUUAAGGGCCUCUGAGUCCCAUUCAAACGACCCAGGCCAUUCCUCUCACCCUGAUUCAACUCAGCAGGUGCAACAGGGAAAAAACACUGUUGUUCUCCCUAGAGGUCCACGGCCUGGCCCUUCUAACAAGUAUGUUUUGGUCUACAAUGGUUUCAGCUUGCACCCAGAUGAUGUGCUCUUCUGGCAGCUCCCGGAGCAGUUCAAAGGGGAUAAGGUUGGCGCAUAUGGUGGAAAGCUGAAAUAUACCAUCUCCUAUGUGCCAGGACCCAGAGGUUCUCUAAUAGAAGAUGCUGAUGUUCAGAUUAUUGGUAAUGACAUCACACUGGUGGCACGCCAACCAUGGAGAAGAGGGCAUGGAGCCCAAGAGUCACAGGAGUUUGAGAUUGUUUUCAGAGAGGAACACUGGCAGCGUCCCGAUGGCAUGCCGGCAACCCGGGAACACCUGAUGAUGGUACUCGCAGACCUCGAUGACAUCUUGAUCCGUGCCUCGUAUCACACAGAGAUGCGCUCAUCCAGUAUUUCGGGGGUCCGCAUGGAUAUCGCUGUGCCCAAGUACACUGGCCUGGCCCAGGCUUUGGAGGUGGAGCAGUGCCAGUGUCCUCCUGGUUACCGUGGUCUGUCCUGCCAGGACUGCGCUCCUGGAUACUCUCGCACAGGAGGAGGCUUGUAUCUUGGCCACUGUGAGCCGUGUGACUGUAACGGCCACUCAGACUCCUGUCACCCAGAGACUGGCAUCUGCACGAACUGCCAGCACAACACCAGGGGUGAGCUGUGUGAACAGUGUGCUGAUGGCUUCUUUGGAGAUCCAACUGCUGGAACCCCUGAGGACUGCCAAGCAUGUGCCUGCCCCGGCACUGACCCCAACAACCAGUUCUCUCGUACCUGUGAAAGUCUGGGUAACGGAGGCUACCAGUGUACUGCCUGUCAGCCCGGCUACACCGGCCAGUAUUGUGACCGCUGUGCGCCUGGAUAUGAUGGAAAUCCACAAGCGAGAAUCCCCUGCCGUAGUGUUGCUGCAUCUCUAGUGGUGAAGGUAUAUCCAGAAAGGGUUCAGGUGGCGCAGGGACUUUCAGUCACUCUCAGGUGCCAGGUGACUGGAUAUCCACCACACUAUUUCCAGUGGUCCCGUGAGGAUGGACGCCCAAUCUCCAGCACAGCAGAGAGACGCAGACAAGGAGAGGAGCUGCAUUUUCCCAGUGUGCAGCCCAGUGAUGCUGGCGUCUACAUCUGCACCUGCCAAGACCAGCGCAGCUCCAAUAGAAGCAAAGCAGAAAUUGUUGUUACAACCUUACCAUCCAAACCUAUUGAAGUCUUUAUCGAGGAGCCCAAACUACAGAGUGUGGCGGUGGGAUCUACAGUGAGCUUCAUCUGCACAGCCAAAAGCAAGCUGCCAGCGUACACCCUGGUUUGGACCCGCAAAGGCAACGGCAAGCUGCCUAACCGGGCCAUGGAUUUCAAUGGAAUCCUGACCAUUCAUAACGCGCAGCCUGAGGACGCAGGCAUCUAUGUUUGCACAGGCUCCAAUAUGCUUGGCAUGGACGAGGGCACAGCCAGACUCUAUGUCACAGAGGCUUCUCAGUCACAGAUGUUUUACACAGCCUAUGAGAUGUUUGAAGGACAUAGAAAGCCAACUGAAGGGGCCCAGCCAGUGGCCACAGUAAAUCCACCUGUGCUGACAGUCCAACAGGGCCAGCGGGCAGAGUUCCGCUGCACAGUGACCGGCAACCCCACCCCUGCUGUGGAAUGGAUAGGAGGUCCUGGGAAACGAAUCAGUUCAAAAGCUGUCAUUCGUAACGGGAUGCUGACCAUCCAAUCUGUGGAUCGCUCGGAUGAGGGCGAGUACAUCUGCAAGGCUCUGAACACACAUGGCGAGCACACAGCCCGAGGAGUUCUUCACGUUCAAAGUACAAGUCAACCUCACGGUCUACCCAACGUACAAGUGAGCCCUCCGCGGGUGGAAAUUCACGAGGGUGAGACUUUACGGUUGUACUGCAGGGCCGUUGGCAGUCCCACUCCUGCCCUCACAUGGAAGAAGAGAGGUGGUUCACUGCCGCCACAGGCAAUUCCUUCUCACGGUUUCCAUCAGUUUAAAAGCAACAGUCUCGAUGUGUUACAGAGACGUAUUGAGGAGCUACAGGCCCGCAUGGAGCGCACUGACAUUGGCACUCUCCUCGUACCCAAUAGCAGGUCGUCUGAUUCAGGCACAUAUCUCUGUGUUGGAACCAACACUGUUGGUUCCUCAGAAGCUCAAAUUGAGGUCUUUGUCAGAAGAGGAGAAAUCAUCCCCUCUGGAGUCACCAUCCAGCCCUCUAUUGCUUCUGUAAUGGAGGGAGAGACUCUAGAUCUCAAUUGCAUCGUCCCAGGAACCUCUCCAGCAUCUGUCAAAUGGAGCAGGGAAGGCGGCCUGCUGUCAUCCAAUCAUCAGGUUUUGGGAACUCAGCUGCGGAUCCUGCAGGCCUCGGUAGAUGACAAUGGAGAAUAUAUCUGUCAGGUGGAGGACGGCCCAUUGCCCCGUCGGGCUUCUGUGUCUGUGUCUGUGAUAUCCAGCUCCUCCCGUCUCCAGAGCCCCAUUAUCUCCAUUGAGCCACACAGCGCAGCAGUGAAGCAGGGUGAGUCAGCAAGCUUCAGGUGCAGGGUCCACGGCGGAGCCGAUCCGGUGCGCUUAGAGUGGAAACCCACCAACAACCUACCUCUGCCAGAUAAUGUAAAGAUUGGUGCUGACAAUUCACUCAUGACUAUUACCAAUGCCCAAGCCAAAAACCAGGGCACCUAUCGCUGUGUGGCCAGCAACCUGUUCGGAAUGACCCACAGCAUAGCUUCACUCAUUGUGAGAGAAUCUCCUAAGGCUGUAGUGACCCCUGCAGGACCGAUGCGAAUCAGGGUCGGUGAUCCCAUCAAUCUCGAAUGCCAGGCCGCUGGAGAGCCAAGACCCUCUGUCAGAUGGCACAGACUAGACAACAACCGCAAGACGAUGCUGAGCAGCCCCGUGCCUGCCGAUUCCAGUGCUAUCAUGCAGAUCUUAGUUGCACGGCCGGAAGACAGUGGAACAUAUGUGUGCACUGCACAGAACAACCAGGGCACAACUGAAACUCGAAUAGAGGUGUUUGUUGAAGGAGGGCCUCAGGUGCCCACUGUUCCCCGUGCCAGCGUACGUGAGCCUAUGAUAGUCGUGGUAGAGAGUUCAACUGCAACACUUCAUUGCGAUGCCCAUGGAUUCCCAAAGCCCACCAUCACGUGGUCUAAAGAACGGUCUUCUCUCCCUUGGAGACACAAGAUUGUUGACAACAGCUUGGUCUUACCUAAUGUGGGCCGUCAGGACUCUGGUCAAUAUGUCUGCAACGCCACCAACCACAUGGGCACCAGUGAAGUCACCAUCAUGCUGGAAGUAGACACCCCACCCUAUGCCACUUCCUUGCCCGAUGACGUGUCCGUGCGAGUGGGUGAAGUAAUCCGACUGCAGUGCCUGGCCCAUGGCACUCCGCCCCUGCGUUUUGAGUGGACUAAGGUCAAUGGCAGCUUGCCUCCUACUGCUCAGCAGCAAGGAGGAGACCUCCAGAUCAACCUGGCCAAGGAGAGCGAUGCUGGGACGUACAAGUGUGUUUCCAGCAACAAGGUUGGAAAGAGUGAAGUGCUGGCCAGAGUCUCUGUCCGAUCACCCCUGUCAGUGAAAGUGUCCCCACAGGUGGAAGUGAAGGCUCUGGGCAGCGCUGUGGAGUUUACCUGUGCUGCUAAAGGAGGGUCUCACGUUGAGAUUGAAUGGCUGAAGGAGGGGGGAGUUCUUCCACCAAAUCAUCACAUUAAAGACGGAGUGCUCAGAAUUGAGAACCUUGAGCAAAGCAAUGAGGGAAUCUAUACCUGCAGAGCUACAAGUCUGUUUGGACAGGCUCAGGACAGUGGCAAACUCACCAUUCAAGCUCUACCCAAAGUGAUGAUCAACGUGCGCACAUCAGUACAGACGGUGAUGGUGGGCAACUCAGUGGAGUUUGAGUGCCACGCGAUCGGUGACCCUGAGCCCGUGGUGCGCUGGAGUAAAGUGGGAGGCUCUCUUCCCAGUCAUGUGAAAAUAAGCGGGAACCUCCUGAGGAUUGAUCACGUGGUCGAAUCUGAUUCAGGACAGUACCGCUGCACAGCCACUAAUAAUGUUGGCUCGGAGUAUAACCAGGUGGUCCUUAAUAUCCAGUCCUUGCCUCAGAUUUCUGCACAGCCUGAGUCAAAAGAAGUAACUGUUGGCUCUGAUGCGGUCUUGCCAUGCAUUGCAUCUGGAUACCCAGUCCCAACCAUCACAUGGUCAAAGGAGGAGAAUGAUUUGCCCCCUAAGUGCAGACAGGAUGGCCAUGUCCUGACAGUCCCUGGUGUCACACACACAGAUGCAGGAACGUAUGUGUGUACGGCUGCUAACAAGCAAGGAAAAGUUGAGGCCUUCACCAGACUCGUUGUUCAUGAGAGAGUGAUGCCCUAUUUUACCCAGGAGCCACUCUCAUACCUCACACUCCACACUAUCAAAAACGCCUACCAUGCAUUCAGCAUCAAAAUUACCUUCAGGCCGGACAAUGUUGAUGGGCUCAUUUUGUAUGCCGGUAUGAUUCUCUAUAAUGGACAAAAGAAGACUACCGGCGCUGACUUUUUAUCUUUUGGAUUGGUGGGUGGCCGUCCUGAAUUCAGGUUUGAUGUAGGCUCUGGUAUGGCAACUAUUCGUUAUCCUACUCCCAUUAAACUGGGCGAGUUUCACACAGUGAAGCUGUAUAGGAAUGAGACUCAGGGCUCUCUUGUUGUGGAUGGAGAAGCUCCUAUAAAUGGAACCUCACAGGGAAAAUUCAAGGGUCUGGAUCUGAAUGAGGAUCUUUUUGUGGGCGGUUAUCCAAACUACAGCAUGCUUGCUAAAACUGCAGGCCUCAAGACAGGGUUUGUCGGCUGUAUCAAGCAGCUGAUUAUCCAAGGUGAAGAGGUCAUUUUCAAGGACCUUGAUAAAAGUUCCACUGGAGUUUCGAAUUGUCCCACUUGCAAGGAUCGCCCAUGUCAGAAUGGUGGCGUAUGUGAGGACUCUGCCCCCAGUCUCUACAAAUGCAGUUGCCCAAGAGGAUUCACAGGGAGCAACUGUCAGCAUCACUCUUCCCUGCACUGUCACACAGAGGCCUGUGGACCAGAUGCCACUUGUAUUAACCGACCCAAUGGUUUGGGCUAUGACUGCCGCUGUCACUUGGGCAAGUCUGGAAACAAGUGCAUGGAUGGUACUCUGGUAACAACUCCAUUGUUUGAUGGAGACGAGUCUUAUAUUGCAUAUCCUCCUCUUACUAAUAUUCAUAACGACCUCCGGAUUGAGAUGGAGUUCAAGCCCAUGGAUUCAGAAGGGCUGAUGUUCUUUAGCGGAGGCAAAAAGAUGAAAGUGGAGGACUUUGUGACGUUAUCCAUGGUGGACGGACAUGUCGAGUUCCGAUACGAACUUGGUACAGGUCAAGCUGUUCUGCGCAGUCAGGAGCCCGUUUCUCUGAGUCAGUGGCAUCGCGUGGUGGCGGAACGGCUUAAUAAGGACGGCUCCUUGAAGGUGGACCAUGCACGAGAAAUCACAAGAUCCUCUCCAGGCAAGGCCCAGGGCCUUAAUAUCCACACAUCCAUGUAUCUGGGAGGAGUGCCCAGCAUGGACAUCUUGCCCAAACCUGCCAAUGUUAGCAUGCUGUUUGAUGGAUGCAUAGGAGAGGUCUUCAUCAAUGGAAAGAAGUUGGAUAUAUCAUACAGCUUCACUGAAAGCAGAGCCAUCAGCCAGUGUAAAGAUGGCAGCCCAUGUGACCGCAGGCCUUGUCUGCACGGAGGCACCUGUAUGGCCAGUGCUGAGUACGAGUACCAGUGCCUCUGCGCUGAAGGAUACGAGGGUGACCGUUGUGAAAUAGUGAGGAAGAGCUGUCGAGACUCCUCUCAGUGUCAGAACGGUGGCAGCUGUGUGAAUAACCACUGUGUGUGUCCCGCCGGCUACACAGGCCGGCACUGUGAGAAAGGGCAGGAGUCCAGCUUCACCGAGGCGCUGUGGAAUUUGGAGGGUAGUGGGGGAAAUGACUCUCCUAUUGAAUAUUCAGCAUAUUUCCACGAUAAUGGAUAUCUGGCCCUUCCAAAGCCCAUGUUCCCACGAAGUGCUCCUGACUCUCCAGAGACCAUCGAGUUAGAGAUCAACACUGUCUCUAAAGACGGCCUCAUCCUGUGGCAGGGAGUGGAGCCUGCAGGCGCUCUAAGCCUCCGUAAGAAGCAUGCUAGUAUAAAGGAACUGGGAGGUCAAGGAAAGGGGAAGGACUUCAUAAGUCUUGGUUUACAAAAUGGACAUCUUGUGUUUAGUUACCAGCUGGGCAGUGGAGAGGCUCAGAUUCUCUCCAGAGAGCCUGUCAAUGAUGGACAGUGGCACAUGAUCACUGCAGUCCGAACGGGUAAGCAGGGCUACCUCCAGAUCGAUGGAGGAUCUGUCCAACGUGGACAAUCACAAGGCAAAAGCAUCAUGGUGAACACCAAGGGCAACAUAUAUCUGGGUGGAGCUCCAGACAUGAAAGCAUUGACCAGUGGGAAGUACUCAUCAGGUAUCACAGGCUGCGUGAAGAAUCUCUCUCUGAUGAACGCUCGACCAGGAGAACAGCCAGCGCGACCUAUCGACCUGCAGGUCCACGCAGAGGAGGGCAUCAACGUGGAGCGCUGCUUAACAUAGACGCAGUACUAAAACACUAGCAGAGACUACAGAAAAAGACCCCUCAUCCACAUUCACACUGAGAAACCUGCAUUUCUCAAACGCUUACAGGACAAACUACAGUCACACUUUAAGAGACACACACUGAUAUGUGUUUCUUGGUGCUUCACCGCAACCGAAAAAACACACAAGAAAGGAUUCUGUGCUCUGUGCUGCGUUAAACCAAAAAACAAGAAAGAAAAAAUUAUGAUAUUAACAAGUCUUCAAUUUUUCAGUGUUUUAUGCUCAAUGAAGGACUUAUUAACACAGAAGCUCAGUUUACAUACUCCGAACAGUAGCUUUUUAGCCAUGAGAAAAAGAUGACAAAAAAGGUUGAAAAAUAAACGUGAUGAGCCUUCUACGGUGGGUCAGAUCCUAUGGAAUCGGAGAUGUUUUUACAGCACUGAAUUUUUAUUUAUAAGCAUAUUAAUCUAUAUAUAUUAUAUUUGUGGGGGGAAAUGCAAGCUAACAAAUAACCUGCUCAUUUGUUUUCCUAGCAGUGAUUCUAGGCUUUAAUAAUGCGUGUCUGAGGUUUAGUGCCCGAGCUGUGUUAAUACUUGAAGACUCCGCAGCCUUCUUUUACUCUGAGGGCCGGUGGGGGCGAGCAUGCUUAGAUACCAUAAGGAACGGGUCUCUGUGGGGUCACAGCACAGAACACAUCAAGACGCAUCUCAGGUGAAGAUUGUUGCUAAAACACACAAAUUGGGAGAUCAUAUAUAUGGUGUCGACUGCAUAUAUUUGAAAUGACAUGCCUUCCAUGCUUGGAAACAUUGUUAUGUCUGGUAAAUGUGUCUGGUAGUAUUAAAAAAAAAAAACGUGGUGCUAAAUUCAGACAUGACAAAGGCAACAAAACAAGCACAUAAUCAUAGUUUCAGUUUCUUGUCAUUUUUGCUUCUCUGAAUGGGUUGUAAGAAAUAAAAGCCGCAGCUUUACAAUAAAAUAAAACACUGUUUACUGAUUACAAUCCCUCAAGCCAAAGUACUGAGACAAGUUCAUAACAGAGGAUGUGUUAUCUCUAAAUAGUGGAAUAUUUUGACAUUGUGUUUUUGUUUAAUAACAGAUUUAGAAUUAUUAAAAAUCUCAUAGUGGAUGACAAAUGUUACAUAAAAUCACACUGCAGCAGUUUUAAAUGUUUAGAAAGUCUUUUUAUUUUUACAGUCUUAUCUAUUUCUCACAGUUUUGCUGUUAACAACCACACUAACAUAUUAUUUUGCAUGACUGAUUUGUAUUGAGGUGUCUUUUUCCAUUACAUUCAUAUUCUAUAGGAGUCUUACAGUGUACAUUGAACAAAAGAGGAAAUGUGUGUCAUCUUCAAGGUCCUCCAGAGGGUUAAUGGAGAACUGACUCAUCUACAGCAAACCAUUUCGGUUUAUUAUCUCAAUCAGAAUGUGCAAGAAGUGAUUCUUUGUGGUUGUUCUCAUUGCAUAGAGAAAUGAAUGUGAGAACAGACAGAAUACAAGGUCUACAGUGAAAAUACUGCUUAGUGAAACCCCUCUUUUAUUAGUGCUGUGACUUGGAGCUCUAAUGAACAUGCUCGCCCACAUGGGCCAGAUAGGGGUCAAAGGUCACUUUGGCCCCCUUGUGUCUUUUUCACCGUUUUAUAUGACUGAGGCUUGUCUGUUAAUUUUCUUUUAAAAAAGGAGCAUUACUGCUUAAUUAAAGUUGCUUUACUUUUAUUAUUA